AAUCCAUUGGCAGGCGACUCAAUCCACAGGUUAAUCAACUAGCAUGCUAGCUAGUCUCUUGUAAAAGAGCGGUGGUACAAACGGAAGUACACACAUACUCCAACAAGUUGCAAAGCGACGCAGGUGCAUCAAGUACAAAAAUGUGGACUAGACAUCUGGCAAAACAAAACGCAGAUGUAUCUGGUGGACAUUGGGCGUUACAGUCUGGAGUGUGAUCAGAAGGCAUAGUGUGAGGUGUUUUUCUAAGCCCCAUGGACACCUUGAAUAGUAGGAGUGAGCCCCGAUAUUCUGAUGGCGAUCACAACCACUGGCUGAUUGAGAGACCUGAAGACAUGGAUCACAGGAGCCGGGAGGCGUGGCGGCUGGUAGAUGUCCUGCUGUCCGGGGGUGCUCCAUGGGGAUUCACACUCAAAGGAGGCAGAGAGCACCGAGAACCACUGCUCAUCACAAAGGUGGAGGAGGGCAGCAAGGCAGCAGCGGUCAGCCUCCAGGUUGGAGACGAGAUGGUGAACAUCAACCAGAUCCCUCUGAGCGGUUACAGACAGGAGGCCAUCUGCCUGGUCAAGGGAUCGUACAAGACCCUCAAUCUGGUUGUCAAGAGGAAGAAUGAAGCCGUAAGCAGGCCUCACUCCUGGCACGCCACCAAGUUCAACGAGAGCCAAUCAGAGACUGCCAAAACUCAGUCCCCGCCCCUGCCAGUCUGGCAGACCAGAUAUGAUGCAAGCUCCUCCUCUACCAACCUCUCCUCGUCCGGCUGGGACCAGAACCAGACUAACCUACGGCGAGUGUCAGACCAGUUCAGCUCUCUGGGCAGCAUGGACAGUCUAGACGUCUCCUACCCCCCUGGACAGCUGUCCCCAGGAUGUCUCUCCCCGGUCAAGUCCAACACCAGCACGGAGCUCCCGGGAGGGGGCAAGAGGGACUCGGCAUACAGCUCCUUUUCCACCAACUCUGGUACCCCAGACUACACCCUCUCCAAGACACCAGACUACACCCUCUCCAAGACACCAGACUACACCCUCUCCAAGACACCAGACUACACCCUCUCCAAGACACCAGACUACACCCUCUCCAAGACACCAGACUACACCCUCUCCAAGACACCAGACUACACCCUCUCCAAGACACCAGACUACACCCUCUCCAAGACACCAGACUACACCCUCUCCAAGACACCAGACUACACCCUCUCCAAGACACCAGACUACACCCUCUCCAAGGCACCAGACUACACCCUCCCCAAGGCACCAGACUACACCCUCCCCAAGGCACCAGACUACACCCUCCCCAAGGCACCAGACUACACCCUCCCCAAGGCACCAGACUACACCCUCCCCAAGGCACCAGACUACACCCUCCCUAAGGCACCAGACUACACCCUCCCUAAGGCACCAGACUACACCCUCCCUAAGGCACCAGACUACACCCUCCCUAAGGCACCAGACUACACCCUCCCUAAGGCACCAGACUACACCCUCCCUAAGGCACCAGACUACACCCUCCCUAAGGCACCAGACUACACCCUCCCUAAGAGCAAUGCUGCCUCCAUAGAGAACAUGCUGUAUGAGGUGAGCCAGUGGGAAUCAGGGGGGCGUCCCAGUAACGGCAGACACAGCCUGAGUAGUGAGGGGGUCAGGCAGGAUGAGAGACCAGUGUACCUGCAGCUGGCUGUGGGACUUGGGGCCAGCAUGGACCGGGACAGCCCCAGGACAGAGGAGCAGUCAGGGCCAGGUUCUUCCCACUCCUCCAGCUCUGCUAGGCCUAGCUGUGGUCCCGUCUGGUACGUUCCUGACAAGAAGAAGACCUCCGAUCCCUCUCCUCCCUCACCGCCAGUACGCAGUGACAGUUUCGCUGCUACGAAGUCCCAUGAGAAGGUUCUGGUUAUAGCCUGUCCAGAGGGACCCGGUGCUCACACCCAGCCCAAUGCCCAUGGUAAAGGACUGGACAAAGGAAUGGACUCUGAUAACUCACAAUGUGCCAAUGACUCUCGGCGUAGCCAUCACAACCUACCCUCCAAGAACAACAUGGUCCCUCCUUACAUUUCACCAAAGAACUGUCAUCAGAACCAGGUGAACUGUAACGAGCUGUGCUCUCUAUCCAGUAGUGAUGUCAGGCUGGGCCAGCCCCACCCUACCUACCUGCCCUGCCACCAGAGACAGUACAGUAAUGAGAGCUCUCUCUACUCCCACCCCAGGACUUGGUCUGUCCCCAAACAGCGGAACGUCAGCGGCUGCUACAGCAGCAUGCAGGAGCUCCCCACCAACGAAAAUGCACAGAACACCCAGCUCUACAGCCAGACCCCCAACUACAGUACCCAGAACACCCUGCUCUACAGCCAGACCCCCAACUACAGUACCCAGAACACCCAGCUCUACAGCCAGACCCCAGACAGCACUGAAGACAGCCGGUACUACUGUGUGACGGCCAGACAGCCUGGUCAACCGGUCACCCAGGCCCUGCUGGUCAAGACUGACGACAGGAGGGGUGGAGGGGGCAGAGAGGAGGGUUUGGAGGGUGGCGGUGAAAGGAGGAGUGCAGUGAGCAUCGUACAGGGUAGAGGAGAUAAGAAGUCACUCACUUCCCUGGGGUCAGGGGGUUCCAGUGGGGAGACUGGAGAUCUCUCCGGUAACCAGUGCACCAGGACUGACCGGUACGCCACCACCCUGAGGAAUGAGAUCCAGAUGAGACGAGCCCAGCUGCAGAAGAGUAAGAGCGCUGCCUCCCUGAGUGGACCCUGUGAGGCGGAGGAGGACCAUGAGGUGCCAGAGGUCUGGAGGCCCAAAGACACCACCUCUUCUUCAGAUGGCUCCUUCACCUCCACCUAUAAGGAUCAUCUGAAGGAGGCGCAGGCCCGUGUGCUGAAGGCCACCUCCUUUAGAAGGAGAGAUCUGGAGCCUGUCCUUCUGGAGCACCCUGGGGCGGAGCCAGGGUCCCCGCCGGACUCCUCCUCUGGUCUGGGGAGGAGCGACAACUCUAACCCCCUGUCCAGCCUCUCUGAGGGCCUCCCAGCCAGGUCUGGCUCUGCCCAGAGUCAGGUGACCCGUAUCGGAAGCAGGAAGCGUUUCACCACGGAGAAGAAGGUACGGUGUUUCUCUGAGCCAGACAAAAUCAAUGAGGUGGGGGUGGAGGAGGAGCAGACCCCCCCUGAGGCUGCAGGCGCCUUGCUGAACCGACGCUCCACCGCCAGACCUGCCUUCACCAGACCCCUCCCUAAAACUGCCCUGCCAGGCCCUGUAGAGGACUGGGGAGAGGGUAAAGAGACAGCCAGGGGUGAUUGUGACAUGUCCAGCGGCAGGAAGGACCAGAGAGAGUGUCAGGGACAGGACCACAGACAGCAGAGACUGGAGCUGCAGAGACUGGGGACCUUUGCUGAGUACGAGACCACCUGGAACACCCAGAGGAAAGCAGCUGAGACCAGAGGCUCAGGACGCUCCCACUCUGCUGAUAACAUCCUGGAUCCUGGAGGAGAUGGGAGGACCAAACCAGCCCCAGUCCACGAGAGGUCCUCACCCUCCUCUGACUUCUAUGACAAGAGCCACGUUCCAGGGAGGAAGUCAGCAGAAUAUUCCCACCUGGACAGCCAACCUGCCCAACAGGACAACAACACCACUGUGAGGUUAUCUGACAGAUGUCGUGUUGGAGAAUUCAGAGGAAGCGUGAAGAGAGAGAAGGCUCUGGAACCUCUGGAGCUGAAAGACUUCCCAGAACCCCCUCCACCCGUGACCAACGAGGAGAGCCCUGACAUCAGAUCCACCGCUGCCCCCUUCGACCCCCUCCCUGUAACUUCUGCCCCCUGCCCUGCCUACCACAGACCCACAUCCAUCUCUUACCAGCCCCUGGAAACUGACCUCCCUCCCCCAGAUGAGUCCUACACCGAGCCCCAGACCUCAAUGCCCCAGCUUUAUACCCAGCUCCAGUCUGGUACCAGGAGGAAGGGUCCGAUCCCCCCACCCAGACAAGACCAUUCAAGACAUUCACAGAACGCCCACUCCCAGGAGUCUCUGUCUGGCUCUCAGGGCGGAGCUUCCGCCUCCCACGCCCCGGUCUCCUCCCACUCCCCAAGGGGGGAUUCUGAGCAGAGCAGAGGAUUGGUGGAGAGGGAGCAGGAGGCGGUACGCCAGGUAGUGCCAUCCAAUCCCGGUCCAGCCCUUCCUGCCCUGCCCAGUAUGGAGUGCCAUCGUUCUCCCUCUCCUCAGUUUGCUCCUCCUCAGCUGACAGACAAGCCUCCUGUCUCUCUCCAGCAGCACCAUGACAACCCUGUCUCUCUCUCUGUCUGUCUGCACUAUGACCAAAACGACAGGAUGGAGAAUGUGAUGGAGCCAACCAGUGUGAGGAAGGUUCCUAUAAAGAUUGUUCACUCAGAGAGCGAGAAGGAGAAGGAGAGUCGACAGUACCUGCUGCGUCACAGUCACUCCACAGUGGAAGAAGCCCAGGGGCCCGGUCUGGUCCCCCUCAGCAGCCUGGGGACCUCAGGGGCCCCUGAACAGUCCUACUCUCUGUUCUGUGCCUACAGCCGGCAGAGGGACCAGGGCCCAGAGAUAGAGAAGACACUGGCUCCACCCAGCUACCCAGCCCCAGAACUGCCUACAUCCCCACCCCUUUACCAAACUCCAACCCAUGAGAUGGACCUGGAGCAACACAGAGACACACACAUGGGUCCUCUCAGGGUCCACAACAGCCAAAUGGCAGUCCUGGCCACAUCCCCACCCAGCCGGCAGACCACCUCGGACCCCGCCAGCGGUAACUGUGUGUUCCCUCCCGUCCCUCUCCCCCACUCUGAGGAGGAUGUGAAGAGAGAGCAGCUGGCCAGAGACAUCAUCAAUAAGGACCGGUCCCUAGCUGACAUCUUGGACAAGAGCUGGAGGAGGACCACCAUGGACCUGAUGGAGGGACUCUUUCCCCAGGGAGAAGUGCUGCUGGAGGGGAAGGAGAGGAGGAAUGUGUCCCCCAAACACUCCUCACCACGGUCUUCAGAGGAUAGGAGUGAGGAGGACAGUGUAGCGGCAGCAGUUGCUUUGGUGACCAGCUCCACCUACUACAGCACGUCGGCACCAAAGGCGGAGCUUCUGAUCAAGCUGAAAGACAUGCAGGAGAGGGAGGGGCUAGAGGAGGAGCUGGAGGAGGAGUCAGCGGAUGAGUUGGACCACGACCUGGCCAAUAAAAAGCAGGAGCUGGUGGACUCUCUCAGCAGGAAGCUGCAGGUGCUGCGUGAGGCCAGAGAGAGUCUCCAGGAGGACGUCCAUGAUAACAACGCCCUAGGAGAGGAGGUGGAGGCCACGGUGCAGCAGGUCUGUACGCCAAACCAGCUGGACAAGUUCAGGAUGUUCAUAGGAGACCUGGACAAGGUGGUCAGCCUGCUGCUGUCCCUGUCCGGACGCCUGGCCAGAGUGGAGAACGCCCUCAACAGCCUGGAGGAGGGUACAUCACCUGAGGAGAGGAGAACCCUGACAGACAAGAGGAAGCUGUUGAUCCAGCAGCAUGAGGACGCCAAGGAGCUGAAGGAGAACCUGGACCGCCGGGAGAGAGUGGUCUACAACAUCCUGGCCACCUACCUCCCAGAGGAGAGCCUGACCGACUACCAACACUUUGUCAAGAUGAAGUCGGCCCUCAUUAUUGAGCAGCGCAAACUAGAGGACAAGAUUAAACUGGGAGAGGAGCAGCUCAAGUGUCUAAUGGACAGCCUGCCGCUAGAGCAGAGGAUAAGCCUGUAACCCCUGACCCCUGGAUCAGAGAAUGGCCCUGUGAGGGCGACACUGGGAUCCAAACGCACAUGACUUCUCAAACUGUGUAUAAUGGACCUGACCACUCUGGCCUCACUGCAGUGGAACCCCAUGGCCACUAAGGGGCAGCAGAGAGGAGCAGAGAGGAGCAGGCAGUACCCCACUAGAUGGCAGCAAAGCUCGAGACUGGAGGGGUUGUAAUGUUUAGCUGUAUCUCAACACUGAUCUGAGUCUAAUGGAGCCCUACCAGAACACAUGGCAGAUCAUAUAUAUACACCAAAAAAAGUUCAAUAAAGCUUAAAUAAAUAAACAAAUUAAAAUAAACGCAACAUGAAACAAUUUCAAUGAUUUUACUGGGUUACAAUUCAUAUAAGGAAAUCAGUCAAUUGAAAUAAAUUCAUUACAUCAGAAUCUAUGGAUUUCACAUGACUGGGCAUGGGCACAGCCAAGGUUGGGCAUGGGAGGGCAUAGGCCCACCCACUGGGGAGCCGGGCUUAGCCAAUCAUAAUUAGUUUUCCCCCACAAAAGGGCUUUAUUACAGGCAGAAAUACUCUUCAGUUUCAUCAGCUGUCUGGGUGGCUGUUCUCAGACAAUCCCGCAGGUGAAAAAGCCGGAUGUGGAUGUCCUAAACUGGUAUGGUUAUACGUGGUCUGCGGUUGUGAGGCCGGUUGGACGCACUGCAGCAUAGUAGAGAAAUGAAAAUUAAAUUAUCUGGCAACAGCUCUGGUGGACAUUCCUGCAGUCAGCAGAACAAUUGCACACUCCCUCAACAUGAGACAUCUGUGGCAUUGUGUUGUGUGACGACAACUGCAGAUUUAGAGUGGCCUUUUUAUUGUCCCCAGCACAAGGUGCACAUGCGUAAUGAUCAUGCUGUUUAAUCAGCUCCUUGAUAUGCCACACCUGUCAGGUGGAUGGAUUAUCUUGGCAAAGGAGAAAUGCUCACUAACAGGGAUGUAAACAAAUUUGUGCAUAAAAUGAGAGAAAUACACUUUUUCUGCGUAUGGAACAUUUCUGGGAUCUUUUUAUUUCAGCUCAUGAAACAUGGGAUCAACACUUUACAUGUUGCGUUUAUGUUCAUAUAUAUAUAUAUACGGUGCAUUCGGGCGGUGCACAAUUGUCCCAGCGUCGUUUGGCCGUCAUUGUAAUUAAGUUAAAGGUUCAAUUAAAAAUACAAAAUAGAAAUUCCGAAUGCGUUCUGACUUUGUCCACAGUUUGUUACGUUACAGCCUUCUUCUAAAAUGGAUUAAAUCGUUUUUUCACCUCAUCAAUCUACACCAUAACCCAUAAUGACAUCACAAUACCCCAUAAUGACAUCACAAUACCCCAUAAUGACAAAGCAAAAAAAAAAAAAAAAAAGAAAUGUUUGCAAAUGUAUAAAAAAAAAAGUACUGAAAUAUCACAUUUACAUAAAUAUUCAGACCCUUUACUCAGUACUUUGUUGUAGCACCUUUGGCAGUGAUUACAGCCUCGAGUCUUCUUGGGUAUGACGCUACCAGCUUGGCACACCUGUAUUUGGGGAGUUUCUCCCAAUCUUCUCUGCAGAUUCUCUCAAGCUCUUUCAGGUUGGAUGGGGAGUGUCACAGCUAUUUUCAGGUCUCUCCAGAGAUGUUCGAUCGGGUUCAAGUCCGGGCUCUGGCUGGGCCACUUAAGCACAUUCAAAGACUUGUACCGAAGCCACUCCUACGUUGUCUUGGCUGUGUGCUUAGGGUCGUUGUCCUGUUGGAAGGUGAACCUUAGCCCCAGUCUGAGGUCCUGAGCAAGUUUUCAUCAAGGAUCUCUGUGUACUUUGCUCCAUUCAUCUUUCCCCUCAAUCCUCACUAGUCUCCCAGUCCCUGCCCCUGAAAAACACCACUACAGCAUGAUGCUGCCACCACCAUGCUUCACCAUAGGGAUGGUGCCAAAUUUCCUCCAGACGUGACGCUUGGCAUUCAGGCAAAAGAGUUCAACCUUGGUUUCAUCAGACCAGACAAUUUUGUUUCUCAUGGUCAGAGUCCUUUAGGUGCCUCUUGGCAACCUCCAAGCGGUCUGCCGUGCCUUUUACUGAGGAGUGGCAUCCGUCUGGCCACUCUACCAUAAAGGCCUGAUUUAUGGAGUGCUGCAGAGAAGGUUGUCCUUCUGGAAGGUUCUCUCAUCUUCACAGAGGAACUCUCUGGAGCUCUGUCAGAGUGACCAUCGGGUCCUUGGUCACCUCCCUGACCAAGGCCCUUCUCCCCCGAUUGCUCAGUUUGGCCGGGCAGCCAGCUCUAGGAAGAGUCUUGGUGGUUCCAAACUUCCAUUUAAUAAUGAUGGAGGCCACUGUGUCUUGGGGGACCUUCAAUGCUCCAGAAAUUUUUUGGUACCCUUCCCCAGAUCUGUGCCUCGACACAAUCCUGUCUCGGAGCUCUACGGACAAUUCCUUCGACCUCAUGGCUUGGUUUUUGCUCUGACAUGCACUGUCAACUGUGGGACCUUAUAUAGACAGGUGUGUGCUUUUCCAAAUCAUGUCCAAUCAAUUGAAUUUACCACAGAAUUAAAUUUACCACAGGUGGACUCCAAUCAAGUUGUAGAAACAUCUCAAGGAUGAUCAAUGGAAACAUGAUGCACCUGAGAUCAAUUUCGAGUCUCAUAGCAAAGGGUCUGAGUACUUACUAAAAACCUGUUUUUGCUUUGUCAUUAUGGGUUAUUGUGAUGUCAUUAUGGGGUAUUGUGAUGUCAUUAUGGGUUAUUGUGUGUAGAUUGAGGAUUUUGUUUUAUUUAAUCAAUUUUAGAAUUAAUUACAAAAUGUGGGAAAAGGGAAGGGGUCUGAAUACUUUCCGAAUGCACUCUGUGUGUGUAUAUAUACAUACUGUAUAUACAAUACCAGUCAAAAGUUUGGACACACCUACAGUCAGCAGCAUACCACUGCUGGCUUGCUUCUGAAGCUAAGCAGGGUUGGUCCUGGUCAGUCCCUGGAUGGGAGACCAGAUGCUGCUUGAAGUGGUGUUGGAGGGCCAGUAGGAGGCACUCUUUCCUCUGGUCUAAAAAAUAUCCCAAUGCCCCAGGGCAGUGAUUGGGGACACUGCCCUGUGUAGGGUGCCGUCUUUCGGAUGGGACGUUAAACGGGUGUCCUGACUCUCUGAGGUCAUUAAAGAUCCCAUGGCACUUAUCGUAAGAGUAGGGGUGUUAACCCCGGUGUCCUGGCUAAAUUCCCAAUCUGGCCCUCAACCAUCACGGUCACCUAAUAAUCCCCAGUUUACAAUUGGCUCAUUCAUCCCCCUCUUCUCCCCUGUAACUAUUCCCCAGGUCGUUGCUGCAAAUGAGAACGUGUUCUCAGUCAACUUACCUGGUAAAAUAACGGUAAAAUAAAAUAAAAAAAAUAAAACUCAUUCCAGGGUUUUUCUUUAUUUUACUAUUUUCUACAUUGGAGAAUAAUAUUGAAGACAUCAACACUAUGAAAUAACACAUGAAAUCAUGUAGUAACCAAAAAAGUGUUAAACAAAUCAAAAUGUAUUUUAUAUUUGAGAUUCUUCAAAGUAGCCACCCUUUGCCUUGAUGAGGCUUUGCACACUCUUGGCAUUCUCUCAACCAGUUUCACGAGGUAGUCACCUGGAAUGCAUUUCAAUUAACAGGUGAGCCUUGUUAAAAGUACAUUUGUGGAAUUUCUUGCCUUCUUAAUGCACUUGAACCAAUCAGUUGUGUUGUGACAAGGUAGGGUUGGUAUACAGGAGAUAGCCCUAUUUGGUAAAAGACCAAGUCCAUAUUAUGGCAAGAACAGCUCAAAUAAGUAAAGAGAAAUGACAGUCCAUCAUUACUUUAAGACAUGAAGGUCAGUCAAUCAAGAACUUUGAAAGUUUCUUCAAGAGCAGUCGCAAAAACCAUCAGCUUUAUGAUGAAACUGGCUCUCAUGAGGACCGCCACAGGAAAGGAAGACCCAGAGUUACCUCUGCUGCAGAGGAUAAGUUCAUUAGAGUUAACUGCACCUCAGAUUGCAGCCCAAAUAAAUGCUUCACAGAGUUCAAGUAAAAGACACAUCUCAACAUCAACUGUUUGAUGGAGUGAAUCAGGCCUUUAUGGUCCAUUUGCUGUAAAGAAACCACUACUAAAGGACACCAAAAAGAAGAAGAGACUUGGUUGGGCCAAGAAACACGAGCAAUGCACAUUUGACCGGUGAAAAUCAGUCCUUUGGUCUGAUGAGUUCUAAUUUGAGACUUUUGGUUCCAACCGCUGUGUAUUUGUGAGAUGCAGAGUAGGUGAACGGAUGAUCUCUGCAUGUGUGGUUCCCACACAUACAGUUACACAGUUACACAUGGAAUAAACAAACCUACGGUCAAUAAUACAAUAGAAAAAGUCUAUAUACAGUGUGUCCAAAUGAGGUAAGACUUGGGAGGUAGGUAAUAAAUAGGCCAUAGUGGCGAAGUAAUUACAAUAUAGAAAUUAAACACUGGAGUGAUGGAUGUGCAAGUAGAGAUACUGGGGUGCAAAGGAGAAGAAAUAAAUAAAAAAUAACAGUAUGGGGAUGUGGUAGCUGGGUGGGAUAUUUAGAGAUGGGCUAUGUACAGAUGCAGUGAUCUGUGAGCUGCUCAGACAGCUGGUGCUUGAAGCUAGUGAGGGAGAUAAGUGUUUCCAGCUUCAGUGAUUUUUGCAGUUGGUUCCAGUCAUUGGCAGCAGAGAACUGGAAGGAGAGGCGGCCCAACGAGGAAUUGGCUUUGGGGAUGACCAGUGAAAUAUACCUGCUGGAGCGCGUGCUACAGGUGGGUGCUGCUAUGGUGACCAGUGAGCUGAGACAAGGCGGAGCUUUACCUAGCAAAGACUUAUAGAUGACCUGGAGGCAGUGGGUUUGGCGACGAAUAUGUAGCGAGGGCCAGCCAACGAGAGCAUACAGGUCGCAGUGGUGGGUACUAUAUGGGGCUUUGGUGACAAAACGGAUGGCACUGUGAUCAAGGCAAAGGGUGGCUACUUUGAAGAAUCUCAAAUAUAUUUUGAUUUGUUUUUGGUUACUACAUGACUCCAUGUGUUAUUUCAUAGUUUUGAUGUCUUCACUGAUAUUCUACAAUGUAGAAAAUAGUACAAAUAAAGAAAAAUCCUGGAAUGAGUAGGUGUGUCCAAACUGUUGACUGGUAGUGUGUGUGUGUGUGUGUGUGUGUGUGUGUGUGUGUGUGUGUGUGUGUGUGUGUGUGUGUGUGUUUAUUUUAGACAGGCCUGUACUGCCAUGAACCAUGAUGUCACAGUCUGGGAUAAACCACCUCCUAUAGACUACUGAGAGUCUGUUCCUCUGUUCCCAUGGCACCAUCAACCACUGUGUAUUAUGUUCAAUAAUCAUUUACUGUUAAAUUUAGUAAUUUAUUGUAGCGUUUUGAUUAUGUACAGAGGAGUAGAGUAGAAGUGUUAUAUUCUCAACUGAUUUUAGUUUGUCUUUAGUCAAUAAUGCAUUUAUCAACUACGCUUUAUACCUCCACUUUGCAAAGCGCAAUAUUUAAUUAACAUGACUGAAAUUAUAUUAUCCUAUUCAUGUCAAAUAAUCCAAAAGACUGGCCUGAUAUUUCAGUGGAAAAGGGGUGUUUCUCUUUUUUAAAACUGGCAGCGUUUUGAUGUGAUGUUGUUUUGAUGUUGUUUUGUAAAACUAGCAGCCUUUUGAUGUGAUGUUGUUUUGAUGUUGUUUUGUAAAACUAGCAGCCUUUUGAUGUGAUGUUGUUUUGAUGUUGUUUUGUAAAACUAGCAGCCUUUUGAUGUGAUGUUGUUUUGAUGUUGUUUUGUAAAACUAGCAGCCUUUUGAUGUGAUGUUGUUUUGAAAAACUAGCAGCCUUGUGAUGUUUCAUGCUGUUUCCUCGUCUAGAUUCUCUGUCCUGUUUUCUAUUGAGAAGCAUUAAGCUUAUUGACACCAUGUGAAGGCAGAAGAACACUAUGUGAAGGCAGAGUUGCAUCACUGUAUAAGGAAUCAAUGGUUAAAUGGUUCCUGCUAUAUUCAAGGAGCACUUUGUUCAACAAUGAUAAAGACAGAUUUAGCAAGAACUAGUCCACAUCGGAUGUGGCUGAGACGUCCUUUACUCGUCUGUAGUAGUUCAUCAGGUGCUGCUGUUUUAUUAAGUGACCAUUACUUCCUGCUUCUACCUCGCAAGGUUUAAAGGAGUGUGAUAUAAAGGACAGCCAGGAUCAGGGUUCAGGGCAUUUCCCAAAGGUAAAGUAAAUGAGUGUUACAUCGCUCUAUACACACCGCUACACUUUCUCGCAGAUGUGCUGCUUUAUGUCAAAUAAACAGGCUGCUGAGGGUGGGUGUGUGUCAUCAA